AUGGCUCUAUCAAAAUCUAGAACAGAUUUGUGCCCUUUUAUAUAUGUUGAUAAUUUUCAUUCAGAAAUUAAAGUUAAACAUCAUGUAAAAAAAAAUCCCGCAACUAAUUUCAAUAUUAAUAAUAAUUUAAUUUCUGAAAAUGAUCAACUAGCUGAUAUAGCAAAAGAUAUAGCUCAGGUAGUAUAUAUUAAUCAACAUAAAAAACUUCAACUUACCGAAAAUGCUGAUAUUGAUAGUGAUGAUGAUGAACUCCUUAGCAAUAAAUUAGAUGACUUGGAUGAAAAUUUAGCGUCUAGAUCAAGUAAUCAGAGAGAUAAUAGCAAUGAAUAUAAUGAUGUUAAUAAAAUCAAUUCUAAUGAGAUUACUUAUUUUUUAAAUCACCAAAGAAGUGCAAGAUUACCAUCAAGAGUAGCUGAACCUGAGGAACUCUUAUUCGAUGAUAAUGAUGAACUAGACAUAUUAAAAGCACUAGAUAUUCAUAAAUCGCACAAUGCAUUUUCAAAAGCUGAUUGUUUACGUGGAAUCUGA